UGACGCCAUAAAGUGAACGAGGCAUCAUUUUGACAGACCAAUCUUAAACUUGUGACUGAUAUUUUGUUGUCGUACCGGAGAACUUGAAAUUGAUAGCGAUGGAGCCAGAGCUGCUUGAGAUACUGUGCAAGCAGUUCUAUGAAUCCCGAGAUGCCCAACGACGGGUCGAGGCAGAGAAGGUGUUGUACCACUUCCAGGAUGACCCCGACGCGCUUUCCAAGUGCCAAACGUUGCUAGACCGAGCAAACUCGAGCUUCUCGCAGCUGUUUGCCACGACCAUCCUGACCAAGCUGGUGACGAAGAAUAUACAAGUAUUGCGGAUGCAGCAACGUGUGGACAUACGGAACUACGUGCUUAACUAUUUAGCUACCCGUCCGAAUUUGCAGCCAUUCGUUAUCCAAGCCUUAAUUUCGCUGCUGGUCAAGAUAACCAAACUCUGCUGGAUUGAUAUGUACGAUAGCGAGUAUGUGUUCCAAAACAUCCUGCAAGAUGUGAAGGAGUUCUUGGGUGGUUCGGUAGAACACUGCGUUAUAGGAGUUCAAAUUCUGUCGCAACUGACAGUGGAGAUGAACCAACAAUCGGAAGCGGCAUGCAAUCUCACCUUUCCCAAGCACCUCCGCAUUACGAGCCUGUACCGUGACAAAAUGCUUUACGACAUCUUUAUACUAGCCUGUACGCUGCUUAGUCAGGCGAAGGAUAGCGUAUGCAAGAACCAAAACUGUCUCGAUGAAGCCCAGCAGGGACUGUUCACUCAUCUGCUGGAGCUGGCGCGGAAUUGCUUGAGCUACGAUUUCGUUGGUGCCACGGCCGAUGAGUCGUCGGAUGACAUCGCAACGGUGCAGAUUCCAACCAACUGGCGGCCUGCCUUUUUGGACUCGGAGUCCGACUCGUUGAAACUGUUCUUCGAUCUAUACCAUAUGCUGCCAACGCAUCUAUCUAGCCUGGCGCUGUCCUGUUUGGCGCAGAUUACAUCGAUUCGACGCUCAAUCUUUAGCAACCCGGAGCGUAUUAAGUUUCUCACCAAGUUGGUAAAAGGAGCGACCGACAUUCUCAAAACGUCACACGGAUUGAGCGAUCCCGAAAACUAUCAUGAGUUCUGCCGAUUGUUGGCGCGCUUAAAAUCCAACUAUCAGCUCAGUGAACUGGUUAUAGUGGAAAACUAUCCGGAAGCAAUUCAGCUGAUAGCUAAGUUUACGGUACAAUCACUGCAAAUGUGGCAAUCGGCACCGAACAGCAUUCAUUACUUGCUGUCACUAUGGCAACGAUUGAUCGCGUCAUUACCGUACGUGAAAUCACCGGAACCGCAUUACCUAGAAACCUACACACCGGAAGUGACGAAAGCAUUCAUUACCUCCAAACUGGACGCCGUCCCAGUCAUUGUGCGUGAAGGGCUCGAAGAUCCGGUAGAUGAUACAGACAUGGUACAGCAGCAGUUGGAGCAGUUUGCUACCAUUGGCCGUUGUGAGUACGAUAAAACCUGUGCCCUGCUGGUGCAGCUAUUCGACCAAACGGCCAAUCGAUACCAAGAGAUACUGUCCAGUCCAUCUGCAGCAAAUCAUAUCGAUUUGCAAAUAUGCGAAGGACAGCUAACGUGGUUAGUGUACAUCAUUGGCGCCUCGAUCGGUGGCCGUAUCGCAACUCCCUCGUUCGACGAUCAUGACGUGUUGGAGUGUGACAUUAUCAUUCGAGUGCUGCAGCUGAUGACGCUAACGGAUUCGCGGCUGCCCCAGUGUGGCUGCGAAAAGUUGGAACUAGCCUUCAUGUACUUCCUAGCGCAUGUACGCAGGAUCUACAUCACAGAGCACAUGCAGAAGUUGAAAAUGUUCCCCCGCCUGUCGGAGAUACUGGGAGUAAGCGAUGACGAUAUGACCAUGCUGACGGUCACAAGCCGGAAGAUCAUAACAAAUCUUAAAUAUUUAGGCAACUCGGAAUCGGUCCUACGAAAGACGCUUGCAUUGCUGAACGAUCUGACCUUAAUCUGCUCUUCCGUACGAAAGCUUAUUAAAUUAGACGAAAUUCAGUUUAUGCUCAACAAUCGUACGCGUGAACAUUUUUCGUUCCUAGGUUCCGGUACGGUGGCGGCCACACGUUGCCGUAGCAUGUUCUACACUUGCCUUGGCCGUUUGCUGAUGAUGGAUCUCGGAGAAGAUGUGGAACGGUUCAACACUUUCAUGAUGCCGCUCACGAAAACGAUCGAGAACAUAAUAAUGAUGAACUUUCCAAGCGAAGAAGCAAAGAAGGAGUUGAUCGGGUUGUCGCGUGAUCUACGAGGAUUGGCAUUGGCGUUUAAUGCUAAAAUACCCUACAUGAUGCUUUUUGAUUGGAUCUAUCCGGAUUAUUCGCCUAUUUUAAUUCGCGCUGUGCAAAUGUGGGCCCACGAUCCCACGGUUACGACGCCUGUGCUGAAAUUGUUCACCGAACUAGUCUACAACCGAUCGCAGCGUUUGCUGUUUGAUGUCUCUAGUCCAAAUGGCAUUCUGUUGUUCAGAGAAACGUCCAAGUUGAUCUGUUGUUACGGUGAAAGCAUGCUGUCGCUAAAUGUGCCCAGCGAGCAGAUGUACCCGAUGAAGCUGAAAGGAAUUUCGGUGUGCUUUCAAAUGCUGAAACAAAUCCUCAGCGGAAAUUACGUAAAUUUUGGCGUGUUCAAGUUGUACGGAGACAACGCGCUAGACAACGUGCUUAACAUGACCGCCAAACUGAUAUUGACCAUCCCGCACGAGGAUAUACUAGUUUACCCGAAGCUAUCGUUAUCUUACUACACGCUUAUACAGUGCUUAGCCCAGGAUCACAUCUCAUACCUGUCCACACUGGAACCACCGCUAUUUUUGUACAUUCUAGAAAGUAUAUCCCAAGGAUUGAAUGCAUUAGAAACCGUAAUUUGUUCAUCGUGUUGCCAAACGUUGGAUCACAUUGUGACGUACAUUUUCAAACAACUGCAACUGAAUGUUUCUACAUUCCCGAGCAAGAAGCAUCGCCAGGCAGUUCCGCCGGAAAACAAUAUGUUUUUGAAAGUGAUGGAAUUACACCCCGAAAUACUGCAGGGCUUGCUAUCGAGCAUGAUGAACAUAGUUAUGUUCGAAGACUGUAAACAUCAUUGGUCCAUGUCCCGUCCGUUGCUCGUGUUAAUAUUAUUGUACGAGGAUUGCUUUCGACGUAUCCGUGAAACGUUCAUCCAAUCCCAACCCGUGGCAAAACAACAGAACAUAGCGCGACUGUUCGAUGUGUUGAUGGAUGGCAUCGAGCGAAACCUGCUAACUCAGAAUCGGGACAAAUUUACGCAAAACCUGUUGCAGUUCCGCCGAGACGUUAAUGCAUCUCUUAAGAUUACUCCGCAACCAAACUCCACGACAAACGAAAUGGACGAUUAAAACGAGGAGCACUUAGUCAGUGUUGCAGAACAGCUAUACAUCACAUUGACUGAGCCCGAGAUGCAAGAACGGAACAAUGUUAUCAUGUUUGAUGUUUAGUUGCUGUAUAAGCAAUGGAUAGGAAAGCUACUCGUCGUUACACACCGUAGCAUAAGGAAAAUGAAUACGAUUAACGUAUGUCGCAAAAUGGGUUCAGUGUAACACACGCAGCACUGAAAAGGAAUGAAAUCGUCGUCGCCAACCGGCAGGGAAAUGUUGACCUUUUUUGUACCAAAAUCGAAAAAAGAGUGCAGCGUACAAUGUAACGUGCGUCACGUAGAGGAGUUGCGUAGCUAUGAACAAAAUUCCGUUUGAACAUCUGGUCCUUUAAGAAGCGAAGAGCGAGGGUAAAUCAUUGUUCUGUUAGUACCAUGAUAGGCACUGCUUUUCGUCGUUUUUAUAGUCGAUAUACGGAAGAAAUCGGUAACUUGUGAAAACCAUUCGAGAAGAUUUGUUAUAUCGGUGGUGUUUCUGGCUGGUUCUUCUUCCGCCCUACGAAGCGUAGCCAAUCGCCCCUUUGGUGUUGGUUUGUGUGAUCUGUGAGUACGGUUGCGUGUUUCACAUUUUUUUUAAUUCCAUAUUUUAAUUAUUUGCAUACUAUUGGAAUGGCUACACCACAUUCCUGUUUUUUUCUUCUCUUCUAUAGUAUACAUAAUUUAAGAGCAAUGCAUUAUUAGCUGUUCAUACACAACAAACCAAUCGAAAAUCGAUGGCAAGCGGGAAAUAGGAAGGUGUGUAAGCGCAUGCUAAUAAGUCGCUUUCAUUAGAGUGUAUCCUUCGUAAUGUGCAUAACCAUAAACCGUAAUGAUCGCGUU